AGUGGCCUUCCGUGCGAUCUGGGCCAGCGCGCCGGUCGUCCGGGCAACGCGGGAGCCGGGCGGGCGCGUGCGCCGCUUGGGUCGUGGGGGCCGCCCACCCUUGUGCGCGCCGCCGGGUAAGAAGGCGCGGCCCGCCCGCCCCCGCCGCGGUGUCGCCGGGAGUCGGAGGCGGCCGCCCGGCGUCGUCGGAGCGUCUCCGCCAUGAAACCCAACUUCUCGCUACGACUGAGGGUCUUUAACCUCAACUACUGGGGCAUUCCUUACCUGAGCAAGCACCGGGUCGAGCGGCUGACGCGCCUCGGGGACUUUCUGAACAUGGAGAGCUUCGACCUGGCCCUGCUGCAGGAGGUGUGGAGCGAGUACGACUUCCAGUACCUGAAACAGAAGCUGUCGCCUACCUACCCAGCCGCACACUACUUCCGGAGUGGCAUCAUUGGCAGUGGCCUCUGUGUCUUCUCCAAACACCCAAUCCAGGAACUCACGCAGCACGUCUACACGCUCAAUGGCUACCCGUAUAUGAUCCAUCACGGAGACUGGUUCUGUGGCAAGGCCGUGGGCUUGCUGGUGCUACAUCUGAACGGACUGGUGGUCAACGCCUAUGUGACCCACCUCCAUGCCGAGUACAGUCGCCAGAGGGACAUCUACCUAGCGCAUCGUGUGGCCCAAGCCUGGGAACUGGCCCAUUUCAUCCACCACACAUCCAAGAAGGCAGACGUGGUCUUGUUGUGUGGAGACCUCAACAUGCACCCCAAAGACCUGGGCUGCCGCCUGCUGAAGGAGUGGACGGGGCUGUACGAUGCCUACCUUGAGGCCCAGGACUUCCAGGGUGCUGAAGACGGCUGUACCAUGGUACCUGGGAACUGCUAUGUCAGCCAGCAGGACCUGGAGCUGUUUCCCUGUGGCAUUCGCAUCGAUUACGUGCUCUACAAGGCUGUUUCCGGACUCUGCAUCUCCUGCAAGACUUUCAAAACCACCACGGGCCACGACCCGCACCACGGCGGUCCUCUCUCCGAUCAUGAGGCCCUGAUGGCCACUCUGUGUGUGAGGCACAGCCCUCCACAGCAAGACCCCAGCCCCACCUCUGGACCAGCAGAGAGGUCACCACUGACCAGUGUGCUAAGGGAGGCAUGGAGCGAGCUGGGGCAGGGAAUGGCCCAGGCUCGCUGGUGGGCCACCUUGGCUAGCUAUAUGAUUGGUCUGGGGCUGCUUCUCCUGGCAUUACUGUGUGCACUGGCGGCCAGAGAAGGGGCUAGAGAAGUAGCCAUACUGCUAUGGACCCCCAAUGUAGGACUGGUGCUGGGGGCAGGAGUUGUCUACCUCUUCCACAUCCAGGAGGCCAAAGGCUUAUGUAGGGCCCAUGCUGAGCUCCAGCACGUGCUGGGACAGGCAAAGGAAGCCCAGGAGCCAGACCAAGAGCGUGAGGCAGCUCCGCUCCAGGGGCUACAGGAGGGGGAAGGACUAAAGGAACAAUAAAGUUGAACAAUUGA